AGUAGCCUGUCCGAAUUUUGUUAUUCUCAAUAUUUUCUUUUUUCUUUGGAAACCAAAUACCAAUAUCAUCUUGUUAUCAGUCUUAAUUAAUUCUGCUGUUGAAUGAAUGAAUAAUUUAGCAAAAAGACACCCCUAAAACCAGCUGGGCGGUCGAGCCUUCUGAAGAUAUCUGAUUUGAAGAUAAAUGUUUGGAUACGCUGUUUCACACAACACAUGAUUCAUCAAUAGCUAGACUUGGAAGAGAUAGACAUCAUCAUCUUAGAUGAAUUCAGAGACCUGAAAUUCCAACUUUGUAAAAGACAAAGAAGUCAAUAUAUAUUACAUUGGUUGGAGGUAAAAACCCGUGCAACAACAAAUAAACAUGUCAGAAGGGUAUGAGAUUCACAACAAUGAAGAAACUUCAUCUGGAUGUUCUCAGAAAUGCUCUUCCUUUGACUUGAAUGAAGAAUUAGCUUUCAGUGAAGAUAAUAACAGUGAUACAGAAGAGGGGUAUGAGGUCACAACUAAGGAGAAUGAGAAAGAAAAGGAUGAGGGCACUUCAGGAAAUGGAAGUAGUACAUCAAGAGAAGGAAGUGAGAGAAGAGGAACGGUGAGACAAUAUGUUAGAUCAAAGAUGCCACGGCUUCGGUGGACUCCUGAGCUUCAUCAUUCAUUUGUGCAUGCUGUUGAAAGACUUGGUGGCCAAGAGAGAGCAACACCUAAGUUGGUGCUUCAACUAAUGAAUGUGCGAGGACUCAGCAUUGCUCAUGUCAAGAGUCACUUGCAGGUAGCACAAGUUGAGAUGUAUCGAAGCAAGAAACUUGACGAGGCUGGGCAAGUACUAAGUCAAACGUACAGGUCGAUCCAAGAAGCAGGUCGUAGAUCUCUGAUACUCCACCAGUCGUCCAUGAGUCCUCAUCAGCAUUUUAAAAUGGGGAAUGGUGGAAUUAUUCUAGCAACUAAUUUCAACAAACAUACUCCUUUCCAAAGUCUCCUCCAGCCCUCUUUUUCCCUUUCACGUUCACAUACAAACGACACUGCUUCAAGGCACCAGCACUGGUAUGUUAAUCAUCAAGCUUCUAGAAUCCCAAUGGCUUCCAGCCAAAUUCAAGCAAAGGAUACACGCGGCAGAAUUGCACCCAUGAGACCUAGCCAAUUGCUUGAAGAGAAAAGGUGGCCUCCUUUAGAAAUUAUGAACAAUCAUCAAACCAAGUUCAAAAGGUUAUUACCCUCCAAUCCCAUUGUUGCUCCUAAAAAUGGGUCACAAGCUGUUCAGCCUGCUGAAUGGAGUUCUGUGAACAACACAAGCAUCAGAGAAUAUCUAUCCAACAACUCCAAUGAACCUCGCAACUACUCCAACAGUUUAAAGCUAGAAUUUGAUCCCCCAUUUCGGAUUAAGUUGAAUCAAGAGAAAUUGCAGAAAGACAAGCUACUUUUGCCUGAUUUGCAACUGGGUUUGAGUCACACAGUUGGAACUGAUGAUGGCAAGUACAGAGGAACCCAAGAAAUCAACACUAAGCUUUCACUUUCUUAGAGCUUCGUAAUGUCGAUAACGCAAAUAUAUAAUACCAUAUAUCUAGCUGAUUAUAAUAUAUAGAGAGAUGAUAUAUCCAAACAAGAAAAUAGGUACACAAGAUCAAUGUCCCUACAGGACACAUGGGCUUGCUAUAGUAUAUACUAUAUAGCUUCUUUUUUGGGUUUUUUUUUAAAAACCUAAAUAGGAUCUGAUUGCAAAAGGAAACGUGUUGUGAUGAUUGAGAGUGAGUUCAAUUCAUAUUAGCAAUUUUCUUUUUCUUUUUUGUUUUUUGUUACAAAUGAUUGGUUUGAUCAACUCACUGAAUCUAUGUAAAUAAAUAAAGAGAACAUGUUCGUGCUAUAAACCGU